UUCAAACGUGUAAUGGCAUAUUGAAUGUAAUUUUACAACCUACGAGCCGUUUUUAUCAUCAAAAGAUGUAAAGUUAGAUCAAUGUGAAUUCACGCUAAAAAUUCUAUCAAAAGUAACCUAAUUUUACAUCAAAUUUGAUGCACAUAUUUGGAGCAUCAAAUUAGACGUAAUAUUCGAUCUAUUAACGUGUAAUGCUACAUGAUUCAAACUUACAUUAGCGUAUCCCUCGUGGCAUCAAAAAUAAGGCAGCCAUCUUUGAAAGUGCAGUGCAAGUUGAUGAGUGCAAGUAAAUUUUUCAUUAAAACUUUAUUUUGUGCAUAAAAUGGUUGAAUUUAAGUGCCCAGCGUGCGACUUAGCGUUCGGAGAUGUAGAAGCCUGCUUCAGGCACAUCCGGAUUCACCAGCAACGCACGAUUCAGUGCCCUGAAUGCCGGGUCGACUUCCGGUCGCUGGAAGCGUUCAAAAAACAUUUCCGGCAGCGCCAUUUGGCCAAAUCCGCUGGCCCAGUUUUCAAGUGUUCCGUUGACGGUUGCGAAUUUUUCGAAAACAACAUAAACAAAGUGUAUAAACAUGCAUCGUGGCACGUUGCCAAAGGUCAACCCGUGUUCUGUCCGUUUGGAUGCAAGACAUCCAAGCCACUUCCGACUUCAAACGCGCUGCGCAUCCACCAAAUGUAUUUCCAUCGGAACCGGUCCGCCAAAGCAACCAGCGUUGAAACUGAGUGCCAUCCAGAACCCGAUCAGAUACAGCAGGACGAACCCAUGGAGCUGGAUACUGCAGGAACUGGGGGAAUGUGCAUCCGGCCGGUCGCAACGGAUCUGCAUCGAGUAGAAAUGGUUUUCGGUGGCUUGUUUCUGAAGCUCUUGUCCAAGAACCAUGUUCCGGAUUCCGCAAUUCAGGAGAUAGUUGUAGCAUUGGGAGAAGCAGAAACUGCUCAAACUGAGUUACUUCGCAGCGCACUCCGGCAGGCAGCUAGAACCGUGGAAAUGAACGAGUCGAGUCGAACCAACCUGGAAAAUCUUCUGGGAAAAACAAACGUGAUGGGUCGAUGCUUCGGGCAGGCCGGAGUGUUUCGCACAGCACACAUGCGAAAGAAAUACUUCCGGGGAAAUUUUCGAUUCGUCGAGCCCGUUAAUAUUCCCCUGCAACGAAAUGACGAACACAACCAGUGCAACUACUACUAUGUCCCAAUUUUGGAAACGCUUAAAUCUAUGCUGGAAGAUGAAAAGUUGUUCAAGGUGUUAUUCCGCGAGAGAAACACUAAUGCCGGAUUUAUGUCAGACUACACCGACGGACAAAAAUUUCAGAACAGCACCUUUUUCUCGAACAACACCCUGAAUAUCUUCAUCUAUCAGGACGCGGCGGAAGUAGUUGUUAAUGCCAUUGGCAACGCCACUGGUCGCCACAAAUUGCUCUGUGUUUACAUGGUUUUAGGAAAUUUACCGCCACAUUUGAGAUGCCUAACAGAGAACGUGCAACUGGUUCUACUCUGCAAGAACAAGGACUUUGCGUAUUUCGGCCCCAACAAGAUCUUCCGGAGACUGAUCGAGGACAUGAAAGUGCUGGAACAGGAGGGAAUUGAAAUCAAUCGAGGAUCUGAAAAUAUCCGGAUCUUUGGGUCCAUUUUUACCACGAUGAAUGACAACCUUGGAGCUCACCAGAUUUCCGGCCUCACUGAAAACUUUUCCCGCAGUCCUUAUUUUUGCCGAACCUGUUACAUUGUUCAUGAUCAGUUCAGCUCAGACUGUUUGUACCAAGCGAGGCCAAGAACGCCAGUAACCCACGCAGAAGAUCUUCGUGUUUUGAGUGAAAACCCUACUGUGCCAUAUCGGGAAGUCAAAUCCACGACAAUAUUCAACGAGCUGGCCUACUUCAACAUGUUCGACUACGGUGCUGCUCCAUGCGUGGCACACGAUUUGUUUGAAGGAUGGGCAAAUUUCGACAUUUUCUUGAUUUUGCGCAGACUGGUACAAGAGCGGUUGGUUACGAAAAAUUAUCUGCAAAUUCGGGCAAACUUUAUUCUAAAAAAGCUCAAAAUCAAGACACAAAUUGCCCUAGAUUUCACCCGCAGAACGAAAACGAUUAAGGCGAAGGCAUGCGAUGUGUGGCACCUCAUACAAAUCAUGCCGCUGUUGUUGUUGAAGUGCAACAUUGAUGAUUCUAAUCCCAUGCUGUCAAUGCUAUUGUUGAUUAAGAACAUCUGCGACAUCGUUACUUCUCCCGUUAUAUCGAACGAUCAAAUUUAUCUACUGGCCGCGCUGAUAAGAGAUUACAUGGAAAAGAGAGCAACUGAAUUUGACGUCCCACUCAGACCAAAACACCACUUCACAGCUCAUUACCCAAAAAUGAUUUUGUGGCUUGGGCCAUUGAUGCAGUACUGCACGAUGUACUGUGAAAGAAAGCAUUGUUUCUUCAAACGAGCUCUUCGCAGCACUCUCAACUUCAAGAAUGUGCUGAAGUUCUGCAGUGAGCAUCAUCAGUACUAUCAAGGAGUUCUCAACGUUCAAAACCGCCGAUUCGAAGACAAAAUCACAAUUGAAAAGUUUGUCGAAAAGUACCAAGACCUGCCCGCUUCAACACAAGAUCAGUUGAACACAUUCUCACUUCUCGAGCCUAACAUGAUCUACAUUGAAACCGGUUGUUAUCAGGGACACACAUACAGCAAAAACGAUUACCUUUACCUGCAACAUGACGAGUAUUCGAAUAGUAUUAUCUUUUUGAAGCUGAAGUUGGUAAUUUUCGAUAGUGCACUGAACCGCAUUCACGUUCUCGGCGAGAAGUGGAUCGUUGUAGAUAUUCACGAGAGGGGCAUCUUAGAAGUUGAUCGCACCGGAGGGGAAAUCGAUUGCAAACUCAUUGAAGAUUUCGUCGACAAGACUCCGAUUACAUCAUAUUUUGAAAACAAAAAGGAGUACCUUUUCAUUAAACACGCGAUUCCACUGCAGUAA